AUGGCCGACCCGCAACCCCAACCGCCGCAGGACGACCCGGACCCCAUCGUCGCCUCCUACUCCGUCUUCCUCAAGCCCGACCUGCCCCAGAACCAGCGCCUGCUCGUCCUCCAGCACCCCAACGUCCAGGACGGCGGCUCCCGCACCCCGCCGCCGCCGACCGAGCUGCGCAUCAAGCCCAGGACGGGAAUGGUCGAGCUCGACCUGCCCAUCGACCUCUCCGCCGCCUACGACAAGGACAAGGGCCAGCGCUGGGGCGGCGUGCUCGCCCGCUCCGUGCAGGCCAAGGCCGGCGGCAGCCUCGGGCUGGCCGGCGGCUUCGGCAUCGGCGCGCCGCCGCAGAGGGCGGGCGGCGGGCGAGGUGGAGCAGGAGGAGGAGGAGGAAGUCGGCUCGCCGCCCUCGGCGACGAGGACCUCGCCGUGGACUGGAACGAGGCCGUGAGGACGGACCGCGUGCUGCGGACGCAGACCCUCGGCGGUAUGGCCACGGGGCCCGAGCAGCGCGAGGCGAGGUACAUGGUCGGCGUGUUCCAAGGCAACACCCUCCACCUCACCCCAGCCACCGCAUCAGUCCACCUGCGCCCGCAGCUCCACCACAUCGACGCCACCGCCGAGGCGGAGCGCACCAAGCCCCGCGAAGGCGGGGCCCCGGGCAGCGGCGCGGCAGGGGCCGGCGGGCCCGGAGGAGGAGGAGGAGGAGCAGGAGCAGGAGGCAAGGAAGCCCCCGCCCGCGCCAUCCACAUGACCAUCAAGUCGGCCGGCGGCGACGGCGACGAGGUCACGACCGAGACCAUGGCCGACCGCCUGCGCGCCGUGCAGACCGAGGGCUGGCGGCGCAUGACCUACCACGGCGAGGACACCGACGCCGCCUGGGCCAUGUACGACGAGACGCUCGUCCUGCGCGACCACACCAGCACCAGCGGCGACAACACGGCCCAGCCGGAGCAGGAAGACAACAACAACAGCAGCAGCAAUAGCAAGGACAAGGGCAAAGGCAAGGAGCCCGCCGCCAGCACAGACGUGCCCGGCCCCUCGGCCGAGGGCCUGUCCCGCCGGUUCGGCGGCCUCAGGACGGACUGGGGCGAGGAGGAGACGCUGCGGGCCAUCAGUGGACUGCGCAAGGAUAAGGACGGCGUCGUCGUCAAGGUGGAGCCGCCGGCGGAGAGCAAGGCGGAUGCCAAAGCAGCAGAGACGAAGAAGGGCAAGGGAGGGCGGGCCGCGGGCAGGAAGACCGCCAGGGGCAAAGCGUCUACGGCUAUGGAGAUUGAUUGA